AUGGACGCCGACAGCCCCACCUGCCCCCAAGACAGUAACUCAACAGACUGCCUCCUUCGAAACAUCGUUCAGCUUUUGGACAGUGGCCAAAAGGCUGAUGAUGCAAAAUUUGACUGGGAUCCUCUCACAUUUGUUUUCACCCUCAUCAUUGGCGUUGUAGCCCUCGUUUUUGCCCUCAUUCCCAUCAUUCAGGUUAUCAUCGCCCCUGGACAGGGUAGCCGAACGACAAACCACCUUGCCAUUGGCAAGAAAUGGUCACAGAAGCGAGAACGACGAUGGAAUUGGCAUGAGUGGACCUUCGAAUACACCGCAUCAACUCCCAUCUUUCGCAUGGAAACCUUGGAGCGCUGGAUCAAUAAGGAUAUCGCAAAGAUCACGGGAGAUGAGGACCACAAAGGCCAGCCUCUUUGCGAUGUCAACACGACUGCCAGGAACAACACUGAGUUUGCAGACCUGGAGAAGUUUGCCAUGAACAGAUCGGAAGAAGUCGAGAAAAUCGACAAGAACACAGAGCACAACCCGGACGACGUUAGGUCCGCUUUGGUCACAAUAUUCCGCGCGAUGUUUCCAUGGAAGACCUCAUCUUCCCGCUCGAAGGAGAUGCCCGCUGCGACGUGGAUCGACUUUUUUCAGAAAGUCGGUCUUGACAAAAUUGAACCUCGGGAUGACCAGGGCACACGGCGGGUUACUGCUGACUACCUACCGAGCGACCUUGUGGCUGCUCCGGCCUACGCACAGAUUGGUGUUAUUGUCACAGCUGCCUCGACAACACAGGGAGGGGCAACCUGGACCAUCAAUAAGCAGUCGGAGUAUCCUGUCAUCUUCGGGCAUGGCUUCCAAUUUGACUUUCGCCAACAUCCUAUACUCGGAGUUCUAGGGGCGUACUGGCAGUACAGCAAGAAGAACAAAGUCAAGGAAGAUCCUUGCCUUAUCCUCGGCGACCUUGGGGCCAACUGGCUUUACAAUCAGACGACAAGAGGCAAGAAAGCCUCUUGGCAGAAGACCCGCCAAGAAGAUUUUCAAACAGUUCGCAGCCUGUCACAACUCCGAGUGGCCAUACUCCAUGCACGUGGAACCAUAGAGACCGGUAAACAAUCGCUGUUUCAGACGGCACCUCCUGCCCGCGAGAACGACCCGCCCUUUACGGCUUUGAAUUUGUUGAACGGACAACAUCGUGUCCAGACACUGAAGUUCAUGCUGGCUGUAUCGAAAGAACAGAUGAACGCCUCCAGCAUCCAAGAAUCGUUCAUUUUGGACUACGGAGAGCUUUCUCAAGAGCAAUACAUGCCAGUUGUUGGGUUGUUUUUGGCUAGCACACCGCGACAUGUUCCUGCUUUAUUUCCAACGGAUUCUCUCAGCAAGAAGCCUCCACUCACGACACUUGCUCUGAACGGACACUACUGGACAGAGGUUACAAGCGAAGAUGUCAGAGGCGAUGACAUGUCUGACUGGCCUUUGUCACUGAAGCCUCCGGGCUGGGGGGGUGUCCAGUGGCUCAAAACCGGCAUGGCUGAAAUCGGGCUCAUCAAUGGAAAGAGCUACGACGAACACGUCGAGCGAGUCCGGAACGACGUGGACCAGCAGUUGAAGCGCGGUGACAGCGAGACGCCAAAAGUAAUCGUCUUCAAAGUUGUUCUUCAUCUCUGUCUGAAGAUGCUCCACAACGCUGAUACAUUCCGCACGUGGUUUGUCGACUAUUCCCCAGAAGCCCGGUCCUACUUGAGAUACAUCAUGCUUAUACAACUAGAGCUGCUGGAUCGUUGGUUUCUUGGUCAACCAAGAGCACACAUCGAGUCUCGCGCGAUUCUCGUUUGUAACACGACCAUCACAUUGAUGCUGGCGGCCAACAUCGCAUCUGAGAAAGAAGACAUGAUUCAUUCAACGUCCAACACCGGAAAGGGUAACAUCUGGAACCACCAUUCCCGCACGAUUCGAUGGCUGGACGACUUUCUGAAAUCUUUGGGCCUUACUGAUGGAACUCUGAAUGAAGCUCAUCGAAGCUGGAAUAUUCAACGGAGCUGUGAUCGCAAGAGCCUUUCGAUCAGUGCCGCUGACGAACCCAAGCGAAACGCCUCAGAAGGUCCUGGUGAGACGCUGGCACCUUUGGCUUCACAGUGGAAGCCAUUCGAUUCAGAGCUGAAGCGUCUUGUGUGUACCGUGUACAACAAAGAAUGGGAGCUGUUCAACACUCAUCAACUCUUGAACAGGCUGGCCAAAGUGGUUGAACUGGGGCUUGAUCAGACGUACCGGAAAUGGCGGCCCGCCCAGGUUGCAGGGGAAGACCAGUCGACUAAGACGAUCGACGAUCUGGUUAUAUAUCGCUGCAUCUUGGUUGCGAUGCUGUUUCAAACAGCACCCGACAAUAGCGAGUUACGUCGAUCGGGCCUCUGGGAACAAGUCGUGGCUAUCAUUUAA